AUGAGAGUAAUUCAAUUAGUCCAUCGCCAGCCGAGAUGUGAAGGAACAAUGAAUCCACCAAUAAUAGGUCCAGCAAUGGGUCCCAAGAAGGUGGCUGCGCAGAAACCAGCGGCUGCAAUACCGCGGUCAACAGGCUCCCAGAGAUCUACCAAGGCACCGCCGACGACUGCAAGAGUCACAGAGCCAAAGGCACCGAUCAAGAAUCGGCAGAUGAGGAUAGUUGCAAGGUUUUGUGCUACUGCGACGGGAAUCUGGAAUAUGGCGGAAAUGGUGAAGCAGACGAGCAUAGGAAGUCGUCGACCAUACACUUCGGAAAGGGGUCCCCAAAUAAUUGGCCCAAGAGCGAACCCCUUCAGUAUACCAUUAGUAUGGGUUUAA